CUCGCUGACGACGACGCUAGAUGCCAUCAUUCAUCGUGGGUAUACCCUUCCCCUCACCCUUAUCGCUCUUUAUGCAGUCAUUUCGCGCCGCUCUACACGCCGUUUCUACAAGCGUGAGAUAGCAUUGUCGACAUUCAUUAAUCCAAGCUUUCGUCAUGUUGUUUCGCUUUUCCUAUUCACUUCUUGUGUCGUAUCUUCAAGACGACUGAGCUCAGUGCUUUCAAUGGCCGACUUUGACAAGAAUAACGCCGAUGACCUCCGAUUGGAAGCUCUUGGGCACAAGGGCGAGCUUCGAAGAAACUUCUCUCCCCUCUCUAUGCUGGGAUUGGCCUUUGCGAUCCUAAAUUCUUGGACGGCGCUUUCAACUUCGCUCUCCUUGGCUCUCCCCAGUGGUGGCUCUACCAGUGUCAUCUGGGGCCUAAUCACGGCUGGAGUGUGUAAUCUGUGCCUCGCAGCUAGCCUUGCGGAGUUCCUUUCAGCGUAUCCUACAGCAGGUGGCCAAUAUCAUUGGGUAGCUGUCAUCUCUUGGAAAAGUUGGCAGCCUCUUCUUUCCUGGAUCACGGGGUGGAUAAACGUCUCUGGAUGGAUAGCGCUCGUCUGUUCUGGAGGACUACUGGGGUCUCAGCUUAUUGUCGGCAUCAUUGCAUUGUUCGAUCCUGAGUAUGUCCCUGAAAGGUGGCAUCAGUUCUUGAUAUACAUCGCCUAUACCGUCAUCGCAUUCCUUAUAAAUGCUUUCAUGAACGACCUUCUGCCGUAUGUCAACAAAGGAGCUAUUACAUGGUCCAUCUCUGGCUUCCUCAUCAUCUCCAUAACGGUACUUGCUUGCGCAUCACCCAACUACGCAUCAGCGAAAUUCGUCUUCACCAAUUUCAUCAACGAAACUGGAUGGCCUGAUGGUAUUUCCUGGAUGCUGGGCCUUCUUCAGGGCGGACUGGGCCUGACGGGCUACGAUGCCGUUGCGCACAUGAUUGAGGAAAUUCCCAAUGCUUCAGUAGAGGGUCCCAAGAUCAUGAUCUACUGUGUUGCCAUCGGCACAUUUACUGGCUUCAUCUUCUUGAUGGUGAUGCUUUUUGUUUCAGGAGGAGAUGCUGAGGCCAUUAUCUCUUCGCCAUUAGGCCCGCUUGUCUAUAUUUUGGAUAACGCAACAAAGAACCGAGCAGGUGCCGUAUGCUUGCUCGUGUUCCCACUCCUCUGCCUCUUGUUUGCCACGACAUCUAUUAUGACUACUUCCUCGCGGAUGACUUAUGCAUUUGCAAGAGAUGGAGGACUUCCAAAGUCCAGGUUUUUCGCAAGAGUGCACCCGAGACUUGGCCAACCCCUCAAUGCUCUCCUGGGCACGACCAUCUUGACGAUUGUCUUUGGGUGUAUCUUCUUGGGUUCAAGCAGUGCUUUCAAUGCUCUUAUCUCGGCUUCGGUCGUUGCAUUGGGUGUCAGUUAUGCUAUGCCCGUGGCCAUCAACCUUAUGCGUGGGCGAAAGAUGCUGCCGCCAAGGUCAUUCGUUCUACCCACUGCUUUCGCUUGGUUUGCAAACAUACUAGGUGUUGCCUAUGUCAUCGUGACAACGGUUCUCUUUUUGUUCCCCCCAGAGCUUCCUGUGACGGGAAGCAAUAUGAACUAUUGUAUCGUCGCCUUUGCUAUCAUUAUCCUCAUCAGCACGGUGCAGUGGUUCGUCGACGGACGAAAGAACUUCACUGGCCCGCGGUCAGAUUCCGGCCUCGAAAUAUUGGAAGCAGUGCAGACUCACCAGGAGGCUCACACUGCUCCUGAGCCUGAGCCUGGCAAAGUUGCAGAUGAGACACCUUAUAAAUAA